UAUAUUUGUCCUCGAGAUAUUAGAGAAACUAAAUCAUCAUCAAUAAUUCUCGAUAAAAUAUCAGAAGAAACAAAAGUUGAAGAAUUUAUUAUAAAUCGUAAUCCAAGAACUAUUCCUAUUUUAACCAGGAACAGCAUACCUACAGCAGUUUCCGCUGGACCAAAUAUGCAAAGAAUAAAUGAACCUAGUUUAAAGAAAUCUUCUCAAAAGCAAGACGAUGCGAGAGAACUAAAAGCACAAGGACUAGUUUAUUUCGAGGCGAAUAACUACGAAC